UCGCUGACCAAAUAGCUGAAAACGACGCCGUUUAUAGUUGAUGGUGCUUGUCGGGUGUUUCAGUCAAAACAGAAUAACACCGUGUCCGAUUCUGAAACGAACUCGCUCUUUCUCUCCCACCUUCUUCUUACUCCGAUCUAUCUAUCACCCUUUAAAGAUGAGCUUGAAGGCUACGAUCUUAAUAUUAGGGCUCGCGUUGAGCUUCCAGGCAGCGUUAGGGAUUAGAUUCGUGAUAGACAGAGAAGAAUGCUUCUCCCACAAGGCUGAAUACGAAGGCGACACCCUUCACGUCUCUUUCGUCGUCAUCAAGUCUGAUUCUCAGUGGCAUUUUAACGAGGAUGGUGUAGAUCUUGUGAUACAUGGGCCAACAGGGGAACAAGUUCAUGACUUCAGGGAGCAGAUCAGUGCCAAGCACGACUUUGUUGUCCAGAAGAAAGGGGUUUACCGUUUCUGUUUCACUAACAAGUCUCCUUACCACGAAACCAUCGACUUCGAUGUGCAGCUCGGUCACUUUGCCUACUACGAUCAGCACGCAAAGGACGAGCAUUUCACUCCUUUGAUGGAGCAAAUAUCAAAGCUAGAGGAGGCGCUUUACAACAUUCAGUUUGAACAGCAUUGGUUAGAGGCUCAGACCGAUCGUCAAGCCAUUGUGAACGAGAACAUGAGCAAAAGAGCAGUACACAAAGCUUUGUUCGAGUCGUUUGCAUUGAUCGGUGCAAGUGUCCUCCAAGUUUAUCUUCUGCGUCGUUUGUUUGAACGCAAACUCGGCAUGUCUCGUGUCUAAAGAAAGUAGUAUUGAGUUUAUUUUUAUUAAGGGUUUUGUUUUUAGCCCCUCAGUAUUUUAUCUUGCCUCGUAAGUUAAAAUGUACCACAGAUUCUUUAACUCUUUUUAAAGACACAAUGCUUUAUUAACAUAAUAAUGCUUCUCGAUAAGCUAGUGAAGCAUUUGUUUCUUGAUGAUGGAAAUGGUUAAUACCAUCAUCACCAUCAUCCAAAACAUUUUUAUGAUA